AUGUCCGCAGAACGCACGCUUAUCCGUUUGUCCAACACCAUGUCCGACACCCAGUGCUCACCCCGCGCGGACCAUACGAGCCUACCGACAGAGCUCUGGCUCGAGAUCUUCCGUUACGCAACCUACGUUCCGCGCGCACGAUGCAUCAGCCCGCGGGAGUCGUUCGAGAUACAGCGGCCCUUUAACCCGCUGAACACCCCUGUGUCGUCAAUGCGCACCAAGUGCAGCCUGGUGCUCGUGUGCCAAGGUUGGCGCCGAGUAUCCACCGAGCUUCUGUACGAGCACGUCGUGAUCAACAGCAGUCGCCGGGCGUAUUUACUCGGGCGGACGCUUGAGUCGAGCGAUCUUCGCGCGGCUAUAGCUGGCGCUAGUACCAGCGCAACCUCGGAGAACACCACCUCGGAGCGGGGCCACGCGCGUUGGAUCCGGCAUCUGGAAAUUCACACCUGUUCGCGUACAUCGAAGACUGCACCGUUCUGGUAUGCAAUCGCAGGGAUUCUGUCGAUGCUGCCAAAUCUGCACGCAGUGAGCGGGUUCUGGGAGCGUCCGCUGUCGAAGGGGAUGCUGGACGUAUUCACGCGCUACCUCGGAGAGUCGGUGCGCGCGCUGUACUGGGAGGAGGGCGAGGUGCCCGCAGGAGAGGCGUCACUGCUCGCACCGACGUUCCUGACGAAGUACCGCUCCCUUCGGGUGCUCGACAUCCGCAAACUCGCAUUCGAGAACUCCAAGACCGUGCCGGAGCUUGGGGACACCCCUGUGGUACUCCCAGGCGUGAUUGACUUGCUAAUCCCGAUGUGCCCAGCCAUCAUGGCAUUCGCGACCAAGCUCUCCCUGCCUGCACUCGCCCGCCUUGUCCUCGACGCGUCAACCGCGCGUACCAGACGAUUGUCCGCCAUCCCUCCUGCUCUCGACACGCUCCUCGCAGUGCACGGCCCCAAGCUCACGACGGUCGAACUUCUCCCAGUAAAUUCCCUAUCAUACGCGUCCGGCCCAGUAGACAUCACGACCUUCCUCCAGCCAGACGUCUGCCCGCAGCUCGACACGCUUGUUUUUGACUGCCGCGAGCGCGUCCUGAGCGCGCCUGUCAUCUCCGCAUUGCAGCAGCCUCCGCAGCGGCCGCCCGCUAAGUCGCUCUUCAGCCCGCUCCCGCCACCCACAGGGCCCCCACCGUCGGACUCCGCGCCGCCACUGAACGCGCCGCACGCGGCGCUGCGGCGCGUGGGCAUCCGGGGUAUGGGCAUCAGCCGGCUGUACCCAAACCGCCCGACGCACGCGCAGCUGCACCUGCGCGCGUUCGCGGAGCAGCGCGAGCUGUUCCCGGCGCUCGAGGUCGUGCGCACGCUGGGGUUCCUCGUCGACGCGUCCACGGACCCGUUCGCGCGCGACAUCUUCAUCUGGUGGACCGAGAAAUACGAGAGCGCCGGGCUCGACCUCCAGGACGGCGAGGGCGUCGUCUGGCUGUAUACCGACCCCGAGUGCGAUGAAAGCGCUGCCACAGAGGAGCAGCUGAUGGCGGCGGACUGCGUGGACUACGUGCACAAGAGCGACGUCGAGCAGUACAAUUUGGCGAAGGCGCAGGCGUGA